AUGGGGUGGCCAGAGCUGGUGAUGGCCGCGUGCCUCCUCGCUCUCCCCUCUGCCGCGGCAGACUGCCUGUCCCGCUGCGCCUGGUGUGCCGUGAAGACCCAGGAUGGACCCAAACCCAUCAACCCCCUGGUUUGCUCUCUGGAAUGCCAGGACGCCCUGCUGCCCUCGGAGGAGUGGGAGAGAUGUCAGGGCUUCCUGUCUUUUCUCAACCCGUCCACCCUUGGGCUUGCUGGCCAGGAAGAUCUGGAGAGCCAGGCAGCCUUGGAAGAAGCCUACAGCGAGCUGGCCAAGCUCCUGGGGCCCUUCCUGAAGGAGGCGGAGAGAAGCCAACUUCUCCCUGGCACCCUGACAAAGGAGAAGCUCAGGGGUUUCCCCGGUGGGUUUGGGGACGGAGGGGAAGCCGAGCUGCCCGGGGGUGCCCAGCUGAACAACGGCGCCCUGGAGGCUGCUGCGCUGGACUUGGAUGAGGAGGAUGCCAAGGUCAAGCGCUAUGGGGGCUUUCUACGCAAAUACCCCAAGAGGAGCUCAGAGGUGGCGGGGGAGGGGGACGGCGACGGGGAAAGGGCGGGCCACGAGGACUUGUACAAACGCUACGGGGGCUUCUUGCGGCGCAUCCGUCCCAAGCUCAAGUGGGAUAACCAGAAGCGUUAUGGCGGUUUCCUCCGGCGCCAGUUCAAGGUGGUGACUCGGUCCCAGGAAGACCCCUAUGCCUACUCCGCAGAGCUCUCCGAUGCGUAA